CCGUUGCAUUAUGAGUAAAACGCCGUUGAAAUAGAACUAUUGCAACGGUCAAUAGUGUAGUGUGGAAGACCAUUGCAAUAGGUGAAAAGAACCGUUACAUUUGACCUAAUGCAACGCGAGCAACAACAACGGUUGGAAGACCGUUGCGCGCAAUAGACAUAUUGCAACGGGUUUUUACCUUUUUGCAACGGUUAUUAGGCGUUGCUUUUGAUCGUUUAUGUUGUAGUGACACUAGGUAUAAUAUUGUGAAAUUUUCAUUAAAAUCUUCGGCUCUUCAAAAGUUUGUCAGCAAAGAAUAUUCCAGAGAUGAAAUUUAUACGACAUCUUUUCAACUUCUUCAACAUAUAAGACAUCACUCCCCUCAAAGAAUCAUGGAGAUUGAAGGUGAGGAUUGUUAGGUUUUGGGAACAACCGGAUUUCAAGGACCAUACAAUAAUCGGCACUCAUGAAUUGAUUUUGGUGGAUGAAAAGGUAUUGUGACGUCGGCACGGUGUAUACCUACGAUUUGUAUACUGAUUCACUUUGCCCUAUUUUUAAGUGUAUGGGGUUUUCUUCUGAAGCUGGGAGUUGAUUGCUAACAGCCUUGAUAGCAUUUAAAAAGUGUUGUCACUCGUAAUUUUUUUGAAAAAUGGUGGUUGCUUCUUCUUUACAAUUUGCCCAUGAAUUCAGAACGUACAGUUCAUAUGGACUACCAUAUCCGUCUAAGCCCAUAAUGCAGAAUGGUCGAUUUCCUUUCUCCGUCAGUACCGUUUCAGCGAAUAAUGUGGUAAAGGAUGCUUGGAAUUUUCAUUAUUUAAGCAGAACAAUCAAUAAGAAAAUCCCUGCCUCCUCCAAACAUAGGGUGUUUCUGUGCAGAUCCUUUCUCUUACCAAAUGGAGGAAAUUCUUCUCCUCUAAUGCAAAAUGCUCCUGUUGUUUUGAAGAGGGUGUGUGACAGUUUUUCUUCAAAGUCGCUUGUAUAUCAGUUAAUCCCAGCCAUUGGUGUCAUUGCUUUAGCAUGGGGACUUCUGCCACUUAUGCGUCUUGGCUGGAGUGUUUUCCUUCAUAAAAAUGGUGGCAACUGGAAAAAGAGUAGCACUUACUUUUUUGCAACCUCAUAUGUUCAGCCAUUGCUAAUAUGGUCUGGAGCUCUGCUUAUUUGCAGAGCAUUGGAUCCUAUGAUUUUGCCUACAGAAGCAAGCCAGGCUGUUAAGCAGCGGCUUUUGCAUUUUGUACGAUUAUUUUCGACGACGGUAGCCUUUGCCUAUUGUCUAUCUUGCUUGAUUCAACAAGUGCAAAAAUACUUUUCGGAAGCUAGCGACUCUAAUGACACAAGAAGUAUGGGCUUUCAAUUUGCUGGGAAGGCUAUCUAUACAGCUGUAUGGGUGGCAUCGGUUUCACUGUUCAUGGAACUGUUGGGUUUCUCUACCCAGAAGUGGUUAACUGCCGGGGGUCUUGGAACAGUGUUGCUUACCCUUGCCGGACGUGAGAUAUUCACAAACUUCCUGUCAAGUGUGAUGAUACAUGCAACACGGCCAUUUAUUUUGAAUGAAUGGAUUCAAACAAAGAUUGAAGGUUAUGAAGUGUCUGGUACAGUUGAGCAUGUAGGAUGGUGGUCACCAACAAUCAUCAGAGGAGAUGAUCGUGAAGCAGUUUACAUUCCAAACCACAAGUUCACUGUUAGUAUUGUGAGAAAUCUGACCCAAAAGACUCACUGGCGAAUCAAGACCCAUCUUGCUAUUAGUCACCUGGAUGUCAACAAGAUUAAUAAUAUUGUAGCUGAUAUGCGCAAGGUUUUAGCUAAAAACCCCCAAAUAGAGCAGCAGAAGUUGCAUAGGAGAAUAUUCCUGGACAACAUCCAUCAUGAGAAUCAGGCACUUCUGAUUAUGAUAUCCUGCUUUGUGAAGACUUCUCGCUUUGAAGAGUACCUUUGUGUUAAGGAAGCCAUACUCUUAGAUCUUCUAAGAGUAAUCAGCCACCACCGAGCUCGACUCGCCACCCCCAUUCGAACCAUAAGAAAAGUGUACACUGAAACAGAUGUUAACAAUGUUCCAUUUUCUGAAACUGUCUACAAUAAUCCCAAUUCUGUUAACAACCACCCUUUCCUACUAAUUGAACCUUCUUACAAAAUAAACAGUGACCCCAAAUCCAAAACUUCACCCCGGAAAGAUGAAAAGUCCGAUAUAACCCCAAAAUCCGAUUCUUCCAAGGUAGAUGCCAAACUCGAUGAGCAAGAUAAUAAGAUUGAAGUCACUGAUAAAGAAAGCCAAGCUACUUCACCAACAGUAAAAACAACAUUAGAUGACAAUAUUGUUCUUGGUGUUGCUUUAGAGGGCUCAAAGCGAACCCUACCAAUUGAAGAUGAAGAAAUUUCACCAUCUUCUCCAUCAAACGGGGAAUCAAAGGAAUUGGCGACUGCAUCUAGAAAUGGAAUCGGAUCUUCUUCAUCAAGUUUGGAAGACAAGAAAGAUGAUCAGGUUUCAUCAGUUGGAAACACGAACACAGGGGAUAGCCGCGAGAAGACCAGUGGGUAAACAUUGUUGUCACCUAUGUUACUUGGACUCGGGUACUAGUGUUGAAGUGCCUGACUCGGCUAAAGUGUGAAAAGUUUCCAGGAUUUAAGUCGAAAAUGAAGUGUUGGAGUGUCGAGGAUCCGACACGGGUACUUGAGGUAAAAUGAAAAGUUGGAGUAACAUAGGUUGUCACAAUUUGUUCAGAUAACUCUGCGAAGGAAAUACAGAAUAGGUUGCUGUCUGUUUUUCUCAGGGAUGGCAUAUUGCAGGGUACCUUACUUCCAGAGUGUUGUAUAUUACAGAUUUACAGAUGUUAGUUUUUGUAUGUUAAUAGAGAGAAAUGUGUAGGAAUUAGGCAAUUGUUGCCAAGUUUAUAGUGAAUACAGCUCCAAUGAUUAGUGUAUAUCAUAUUAUCAUGUCUACUGAGAAGCUAAUAGAGUUGCAGAUUUUCCCGCAGCUGUAGCUGAUCUCAGACCUAACCAUAGGGAGAUUAGCUUAGGUUAAUAUUGUAAUUAGAUCAUAUUUUUCAAUAUAAACUAGGAUUUUGCCUUGAGAAAAGGCAACUCUUUAA